UUGAUGACAUAUCUUUAGACAGAAUGCUGGCGUUGCUCACAAGGGCAUUCGGGCGAAUGCUGAGUAAAGAUUACUUCACAAACCUUGGUGACAGACUGCAUACAUUGUAUCUGUCGGAGAAUUUCAAUGCAUGCGCCGUGAUUACGCAGGAAAACGAAGUCGCUGUUCCGUACCUGGAUAAGUUUGCUGUCAGUGCACACUCGCAGGGUGAAGGUACAAGUGAAAUGCUGUGGGAAAGUGUCAGGAAAGAUUUUAAAAGUCUCUUCUGGAGAUCCAGAAGUUCUAACAUGAUAAAUCCAUGGUACUUCAAAAGAUCUGAAGGAAGUUGGAGCAACGGUGAGUGGACGGUGUUUUGGUACGGAGUAUCUGAUCCCAAGGUGUCUUACGAACUUGUCGACUACGCAGCCAGUCUACCAUCAUCGUUCGUUGAAGACGGGAAUGUAAUAGUCACCGGUCGUUAACUCACAAAAAUAACAUUGAUGUUGAUUAUAUUGUUGAUAGCGAAGUUUAACCUGGAUUAACAUCGAUUCAGAAAUUUUUUUGGGACAAAGCUUCUGCGGAAGCAGCAUGUUUACGUCUGCGCUACUGCCAGUGUAACGUUUGGUUUCAAUAAAAAGAAAUUUACAUGUGUAGAUCCACAUGUACUCAUUCGUGCUAUCGUUGAACCUAGACUACCAAAGUGCAACAUGUAAUUAAUUAAAUUAUAUCAUAUAAUUGGUAAAUUUAAAAUAACUAACGCAGUCAUCACGUAAUCUAAAAAUUUACAAAAUCUUGUAUAUUAUUGGACACUCAUUAACAAAUAUCUCUCGCAUACCAAAUCUCUUAUGUCAAUUUUCUCACACAGUGAAGUGCUGAAAGAUUUUUUACUUUCUGAAAUUUAUAACUGGUACCGUAAAAUCUGUAUUAGAAGCUGCAUCCCCAAUAGAAGCCGCACCCAUUCUUUUUGAACAAUCGAGACCCAAAAAUUCACCAGGUCGCAUAUGUUUAGAUGCUCUUAUAGAAGCCGCAUCUCCUCUGUUGCAUU